AACUUCCAAUUAAGAGUAUAUUUCUAUUUUCGCCGACCAACUUGGAAUGAUGCGGUCGUUGUUGCUUCGAGUAGUAACUAAGAGAAUUAGAUACACUUCUCUGUAUAGAACUUUCUCAAAAUGUUCUUCAGAUUCCUUUGGAAGCAGAGGGGAAACCUUGAAGACUUUUAAGAUUCGCCCGUACCAGUCAUAUACUUCCAACGCAAGGGGCAAAGGUUUGUCUCAGAUUUGUUCGUUGAGUACUUCAUCUUCUGCACAUCCUUCACCGAAAUCAGGUCAAGUUAAUACAGUUUCUGAACCCGUUGCGUCAAACUUCCACUUGGAGAAUGCUUCAGACAACUUGGGUUCUUUGGAUUCACUUCCUAACCAGGCUUUAGAAGAGAUAGAGUCCAACUGGUUUGAUCCAAUGGUUUAUCUGAUACAUAGGCUUCACGAGGCGACGGGUUGGCCGUGGUUUGCUUUACUGGCUGGAAUGACUUGGUCUAUUCGCUUAAUGAUGCUUCCUCUGACUUUGGGAUCGUUGCGAACUUCUGCCUUACUGAACUCGUUACAACCACAGUUGAAAGAUAUUCAAGAUAAGAUUUCACGUGCUAAAGAAAGAGGCAACUCCGAGAAGGUGGAAGAAUAUAAUAAGAAAUAUAUGGAAAUUCUGAGAGUGAACAAGGCCAAUCCUAUGAAAGCACUCUUUGCGCCACUUGCACAGACUCCCGUUUUUAUUGCCUUUUUCUUCAGUUUGAGAAAAUUGUCACAGAUUGAGCCCACCUUCUCCAGCGGUGGAACUUUGUGGUUUACAGAUCUUAGUGCGCCAGAUCCAUAUUAUAUUCUUCCAGUAGCUUGUAGUAGUAUUUUGUUAACGACUCUUCAGUUUGGAGGAGAAACAGCGUCGACUGCUACCAGUAGAACAGCAUUCAAUAUGAUGCGUUUGAUGGCUCUCAGUAUUAUACCCUUUACUUAUCAAAUGCCGAGUGCUUUGUUUUGUUAUUGGGUACCUAACAAUUUAUUUUCAUUGGCUCAAACUUUAUUAUUCAAAGUUCCAACAGUACGAAAGGUUCUUAAAUUGCCCGACAAGAGGAAAAAAGGAGACUCUACAAAGGAUAGUCAUGCGAAACAAGAUGAACAGACAACAUUUGAUCAUUUAUAUUCUCAAGCAGGUUCGAAAGCUGAACGAGAGGCAUUGGCAGCAUUGUCUUAUAAUUCAGCAAGAGAAGGAACGAAUCCUAUUCUUGUCGCUGCAAAACAAGGAAUGAAGCCUCGACUCUUAGAAAAGAAAACUCGAGUACCGAGAUGAAUGAAAAGCCAAACGAUUGGAUGCCAACUGAUUUCUCAAGAAUUCCGUGUUGGUUUCCAAAUAUUUCGUCGCAGUCCCAUAAUACUUUUUUAUAGUGAAAUAUGGUGUUUAAGAUAAUUCUUUCACAACUUUGGAUAUCUUCCAACCGAAUCAUUUUAGAGAGGGAAACAUACAUUGCAAUCGAAUGCAAGAUUUUGAUUGAU